ACAUAAGAAAAACGACAUGGUAGCAAUUCGCCUAUCACCCCAUUUGCCCUUUAUAAACUUGAGCUAACCGGCCGUAGAUGAAGGCAACAGGCCUGAAAGCAAGAAGUAAGUCAAAUAACAAGACGCCGAUUGAAAGGAAAAGGAAACAAAGGACUAAUGGAGUCUCAGUUUCGUUUUCUGCUUCUUGUGGUGUGCUUUCUUCUCCCAGCUUUGGUCGAGUGCAGGGUUCGUCGUUACAAGUUUGAUGUGGUGAUGAAAAAUACCACCAGACUAUGCUCCAGCAAACCGAUUGUUACAGUGAACGGCAGGUUCCCAGGGCCCACUCUCUAUGCAAGGGAAGGUGAUACAGUUCUUGUAAGGGUGGUGAACAAGGUCAAAUAUAAUGUUUCCAUCCACUGGCAUGGUGUAAGGCAACUGAGAACUGGGUGGGCUGAUGGGCCAGCAUACAUUACCCAAUGCCCCAUUCAGCCAGGGCAGAACUACGUCUACAAUUUCACUAUCACCGGACAAAGAGGCACACUUCUAUGGCAUGCACAUAUUCUCUGGCUCAGGUCCACUGUUCAUGGUGGCUUUGUUAUCUUGCCUAAGCGGGGUGUUCCUUACCCAUUUCCUACUCCCCACAAGGAAGUGGUGGUUGUGUUAGCUGAAUGGUGGAAAUCAGAUACUGAAGCAGUGAUCAAUGAAGCUCUAAAAUCUGGAUUAGCACCAAAUGUCUCUGAUGCUCACACUAUUAAUGGACAACCUGGGGCUGUCUCAAAUUGUCCCUCACAGGGCCGCUUCAAAUUAGCAGUGGAUAGUGGUAAGACCUACAUGCUACGCUUGAUCAAUGCUGCACUCAAUGAAGAGCUCUUCUUCAAGAUUGCAGGACACCAACUCACAGUUGUGGAAGUUGAUGCCACCUACGUAAAACCAUUCAAGACCGACACAGUCUUAAUUGCCCCAGGCCAGACUACUAAUGUCCUUGUCACCGCCAACAAGAACACCGGGCAGUACUUAGUUGCAGCCUCCCCUUUCAUGGACGCCCCAAUUGCAGUUGACAACAGGACUGCAACCGCUACUCUUCACUACUCUGGCACGCUUGGUAGCUCCGCCACAACCCUCACCAAACCAACCCCCCAGAACGCCACUGCAGUCGCCAACAAAUUUAUCAAUUCUCUACGCAGCCUGAAUUCUCAAAAAUACCCUGCCAAUGUCCCAUCAAAGAUUGAUCACAGCCUUUUCUUUACCGUUGGGCUUGGCGUCAACCCAUGUCCUACUUGCAAGGCAGGCAAUGGCAGUAGGGUUGUCGCUAGCAUCAACAAUGUCACGUUUGUUAUGCCAACUACCGCUCUGCUUCAAGCUCAUUUCUUUAACAUUAGUGGCGUUUUUACCACCGAUUUCCCUGCUAACCCGCGACAUGUUUUCAACUACACUGGAAGCGGACCAGCAAAUUUGCAGACCACUAAUGGAACUAAGGUUUACAGGUUGAAGUACAAUUCCACUGUUCAACUCGUUAUGCAAGACACUGGAACCAUAGCACCUGAGAACCAUCCCGUCCACUUGCAUGGAUUCAACUUCUUUGUAGUUGGCAGAGGAUUAGGAAAUUACAAUCCAAAGACAGAUCCUCAGAAUUUCAAUCUCGUUGAUCCUCCAGAAAGGAACACAGUUGGAGUACCAACUGGUGGAUGGACUGCCAUCAGAUUCCGAGCUGAUAAUCCAGGAGUCUGGUUCAUGCAUUGCCAUCUGGAAGUGCACACGACAUGGGGACUGAAGAUGGCGUUCUUGGUGGACAAUGGAAAAGGCCCUGACGAGUCACUAUUACCACCUCCAAGCGAUCUUCCAAAAUGUUAAAAAUUAACCCAAGAUUCCAUACUUAGACGAAGAGUGUAUGUUGUGCGGAAGAAAGUAAAAGAAAAACGAAGAAAUGAAUGAGAGUUAUAAAGAUCCUAUUUGUUUCUUGAGUAAAUUGAAAAUUUUUGCUCAAGCAAGUAUAAAUAAAAUUGGAAGAGCAUUUUCUUUUCUUA